ACGCACUACAGUCCAUUUAACAUGAUUUCCUAUGGGACAUGUUCACAUCUCAGCGUUUUCACCCAGUGCAUUUUUUGGAAAGGGUCAGGGACUUUUUUGAACGCAAAAAGUUGCGUUUUUGGUUCUAUAGACUUUCAAUGGAAAUGCUGCAUAAAAGCAUGUACAGUAGUGUGUUUUUGCUGAGUUUUUGAUGCAUUUUAAAUCUACAUUUUAAAGCGAGAAGAACCAGAAAUGCACCAGGUGCAAACGCAGAGAUGUGAGCGUGUCCCAUAGGAAAUAAUGUUAAAUGGACUGUAGUGCGUUUCUGCAAAAUGCUUAGGUGUGAACCUAGGGUAAAGGCUCCAAGUACACUAA